UUAAUAAUUUCUACAAUUUAAGUGCAAGAACGUGAAAAUGGCGUCAUACGUGUCAUCCAGGGUGACAUUGUUUGUCAUUUUGUUAAUUUGUAUUAACGAAUCAUGUGGAUACAAUUUAACAGUUCUGACAGAAGGCGGAUAUGUUAGAGGCUAUAGGUGGAGAAGUAAUUCAAAUCUUAAUUUUGUUUUCUACGGAUUCAAGGGAAUCCCCUACGGAAAGCCACCAGUAGGAAAUCUUAGAUUUCAGGAUCCUCAACCAGCUGAGCCUUGGGAUGGGAUUAAAUUGGUCAACUCCAAUCCCGAUUCGUGUGCAGCCCACCAAAGUGGAUCUGCUGGAAGUCCUGUAAUUGGAAGUGAAAACUGCCUAUACUUAAGUGUAUAUGUAACGCGAACAGAUGAGAACAACGAAGACUUGUCUCUCCCUGUAAUGGUUUGGAUCCAUGGUGGUGCAUUUGUUCGUGGUACACCUUAUGCGAAUCCAUCAAAUCUUCUGGAAAAGCCAGUGAUUGUAGUUGUCAUUGCUUACCGCUUAGGAGUCCUUGGUUUCCUAAAUACUGAAGAUGAAAACGCGUGGGGAAAUGCUGGUCUUAAAGACCAAAAUCUCGCACUGCAAUGGAUUAAAAAUAACAUUCGGAAUUUCGGAGGGGAUCCAAACAAAAUCACUAUCUUUGGACAAAGUGCUGGAGGAGCCAGUAUAAGCUAUCAAUUAGCUUCGCCAAGAAGCGAAGGGCUUUUUGCUCAAGCAAUUUCUCAAAGUGGUAAUACUCUGAAUGAAUGGGGAUUUACGAAAAAUCCAAAAAAAAUAUUAUUUCAAUUCGCAAGACUGUUCAAUAUUGAAUCAAAUAAUACUGCUGAAGUAGUUCGAGAACUUCAAAAAAUAGAUUAUGAAGUUCUAGUCGAUACCUCUCUGCAAGUUGAUCGUUUUUUGCCAUCCGUUGAAGUUGAUCAUCCAGGAGCUUUUAUAGAUCGUAGCACUUAUGAAAUCUGGACUAACGGUGAUUUUAAUAAGGUUCCUGUGAUAAUAGGCUACACAUCGGAAGAUGGCGCUUAUGCUAAAGGUAGAUACAGGCAGUACGCUACAAAUUCUAAAAAUGUCAUUCCCGCUGGACUGAAUGUCGACUUAGACUCUCCAAUAGCUGAUGAACUAGUGCAAAAGAUUUCUGACUUUUAUUUCCCGGAUAGAGUAUAUGAUAACUUAACGAGAUCCCUAAACUUUAUGACUCAACAUUAUUUUGCAAGAGGUAUUCGAAAGGUUGUUGGAGACCUGGUGAAGACAACACAGCCAGUGUAUUUCUACAGAUUCUCGUAUGUUACAACGGAGAACUACACCAAAGGCGUUAACGGUGGAGCUGGACAUGGCGAAGAUAAUAUUUACAUAUGGAACAGUAAAUUAAAUACGAACGCUGAUAUCCUUAUGAGAAAUCGUCUGAUAACGUUGUGGACCAACUUUGUAAUUUACGGAAAUCCUACUCCAGUUCCGGAACCUCUUCUCGAGAACAUAACCUGGCCAGACGCAAGAGGUGUCGGUGAUGACGUUCGAUAUUUGGAAAUUGGAAAACAGUUGGUGCCUGGUACAAAUCCAGCCCAGGAAGAUUUCUUAUUUUGGAAGGAAAUAUUUCAGCAGUAUUCAACAUCAACAAUUUACACAUACUAACCAUAAGAUAAUAGCUAAUAUAGAAAAAAUAUGAUAAUAAACUGAAAUAGAAUAAAUAAUAUCAGAAAGGAGGA